AUGCUCAUUUAUCAGACGUACGUUAAUAACGUUGGCGGUGGCAGGAAGCAGCCAGGACCAUCAGCAGCCGAGCAGCAGAUUCACCAGUUUACGCAAGUCGUACGCUGUCAGCGGGCAUUCGGCCAGGGGCCAGGCUCCCACUACAUUCGCGUCCGUACGGUCGGCGCUGAGCUAGUUCUCGAGCCGAUUGCCCCGACCGUACUCGGUAACCAGCAACUCGACCAAAUUGAGCAGGCAUUCACCGAGCGACAGAGUCAGCCCCAAACCAUCGAGGCUAGUCAGCGGGACGAAGCGAAUCCAUGGCUUCGCCGUACACAGUGGGCGGUUUACUUACGGGGGAUCAACCCACAAGAUCUACGUGACAGCGUUCAAGCGCCCGACGCUGAUUCCGCGAUUUCGGCUGAAAAGGCAGCUUCCGCUAUCUGGGAUUCGAUGGCUAUCGUGGCCCGAAUUAGCCAGUUGAUUUGUACGAAGACUAGCCAUUCGAUUCGAACCGAGGCAGUCCGUACGGAGCGCGACCGGUUACCGCAUCAGCCACUACAAGCGUAUAUGGACGCCGAGAAUAUCAACCGUCACACGCUGCCGUGGCAGCAGAUUUUGAUGUUCUUCGCAGGUACGCAGGCUACGCACGGAUGGAAUAGUCCGAAAUACCGAUUUUCGAAACGCCAACGUACGGCGUGGAACUCGCUAUGGCGACUAGCUCAGUCGGGGGUCGAUACGUCACCUAGACGCUCCGACAGGGCUAGUUCCGCCGGCAGUAGCGAGCAAUCAGCUAGCAGCGAGCAUUCAGAGAGUGAUACUGAGCUACGUCAGCGCACCGGUAGGGAAUCUCGACCGGAUCCCGCACGAAACCGCACCGAAUCCCCGUUUCAACUCGCCCCCAUUGACUCGGCAUGUCUUGAUUUCUGUAUUGAGCUAUUAAACCACCGAAUCAAGCUCGAAGACUACGAGAGCGCGCUCGUUUGUGCCACGGCCGUACUCGGCCAAGGGGAGGGCGGCUGGCGUACGGCGCAGAGCUACCCGCCCAUUUUGUCGAAGCUGAUCAAGGUGGGUCGAUUUAUGGUGGUCCACAAGGCAUUAAAGUUGGACCCCACGGCGGAGCAAAUGCUAUAUCAGCUGACGGAGCAUCAAAUGGCUGGCGAUUGGGAGAUCGAGAGUCCACUGGAUUCCCCCGAUUUUACGUUUUUAUCGCAGGCAUCAGAUGACUAUUUCGAUUUUGAGAACUUGCAGACCGACCUAGCUCCGCCACCGGCGAGCCAGUUCAUCCAAUUCAGCCAGGUCCAGCGGCAGACCCAGCGAUCAUUCCGCGAGUGGGUGACUGAGAUGGUCAGUCAGUUUAUGGUCCGCGGCAUGAAUAGCCCGAUGCAGUGGCUGUUAGAUCUCCGUACGUACUGCUUAAAGAUCCAUUAUAACAGCACGACCGCUGGCCACGUUGGAUGGAUGAACCAGGAUCAGCUGUUAUACCAGCAGUAUACCUUUUCGAUGGGUGACUUCCGGGGGUUUGUCCACGGGCUUGUGAGCUCAGCGCGGCAGACACUCCACGAGGAGCUACUAUUCAGCGGUAGGACUAGGUCCGUUCCCGCGCUCCUAUGGCAGGCCAUUUAUGACGACCCCACAGAGAGUGCCCACAGGUGGAGCUUUUUGAGCGAUACCCGUACGCCUUGGCUGGUAGUCGGUAGCGAAUGGAUGAUGAAUCGGGUCCGACACGAGGGGCCCGAAAGGCAGCGGUUUAUCGAGAGCAAUACGGGCCGGCUUCGGAUGGCGGCUAUUGAUGUACGAACUAAGGAUACUAGGAUUAAUAGGUUAGUUACCGGCCAAUAA